ACAAAGUGUUGUUUGAUUAACGCAGCUAGCUGAUUAUGCAGAGGGCAGCCGUUGUUUACAAUCAAAAGACCGAAACAAAAAAGCAAUACAGAAACACAGAAAAAGGUGGUGAUGGCGACAAUGCUGUUUUAGCCUUCGUCAAGGGCGUCCUGCUCGCCUUCUGACCCGUUGUUGCGGCUUUGCUUGGAGUGCGUCGUGGAACUGCUGCAACUUUCUUCUGUGAAGACAGUGUAUGCUGCCUAUUUGGAGUGGGAGUAGAUAUUCCUUUUGGAUUCCUCAAGCCAGAAGCUUUAUUUUGCUAGGGGAAAAAACGAACGUGGG